AUUUUACAGACAUUCUAUAAGCAUGUUUACUCCUUAAUAUAUUCCAUUAUUACAGAUGUGUUUAAGUUCGUACAGAUUUAAAGCAUACUAACAUUUUAGUAGUUGACUUUAUAUCAUGAGCCUUUUAUGUCAAAAAUGCAACCAGUUCAUUCAAUUUCGAUAUGUCAUUCGAACAUUAUCGCAAGUUACUACACAUGUCCAUACACCAAGGUUAAUCAAGUGUGAGGAUAUUCUGACAAAAUCGGUUGCCCUUACUCUCAGCCUACCGUCAAUAACUCGUCAAAUACACACAACCACGUUUCUAAGAAAAUCUAAAUCAAAGAAAGGAAAAACACAGAUGAAGAUUCGAGAAGUAAUCAGACCAAGAGAUGCAGAGGAAGUCUUAGAUUUACUAGAAGUGGAAAACGAAAUGAAGAAGUGUGUUCUGUUUCUUCAGGAUGCCUAUACAAAAGAGUUUAAAGUUGGAGCGGACUUAUCCAUAUUUGAACAAAUGACAAUAAACAUUGAGAAUGACCAAUAUCCGCUCAAUGAAAUUGGGCAGAUCAGCAAACCAACUCAGAGAAUGAUAGUUGUGGAUAUGGAGAGCUUCCCACAAUAUAUUAAAGAAGCUGAAGCUGUGAUUCGUGAUAGCAACAUGAAUUUAAAUCCAAAUACCACUGGUACAUUGAUUAAAGUUGCAAUCCCCCAAGUUACAGCCGAGUACAGACAACUAGUUGCAAAAAAAGCAAAAGAAAGGCUAAAUUUGUGCAAUGAAAAACUUCGAAAUAUUAAAGCAAUGAAUGAAAAGUUAGCAAAGAACCACGAAGGUUUGACGGAAAAUCUUGAACAUGGAAUUAAAGAACAACUUUCGGUUUAUUUGGAACAUUAUAAAACAAAGGCCAUGGAGGUGUACAAGGCCAAGGAAAAGGAAUUGCUGCACCCUUCAUAGAUUCAAAUUCUUAUUAAUUUCGAACAGUCAAUACACUAACUUGUAUAAUUUGUUUGUGAUUUUUAACAAAUCCUAGGUAAACACUAAACAACUGGGGUCUGCUUAAUUUUAAAAAGUUUUAUAUUUACUUUUUACUAAUAGCAUUUAACUCCAUGCCUAGAAAAAAAAAUUAUAGGAGCUAACUUGUGCACCUCCUGUUAUAAUCAACUACUAUUAUGCAUGAGCCGAAAUGUUAGAUUCACCCGUGCGCUUCUAUCAUGAUAUUCUUUGGGAACCCUGUGUUGCCAGUCAUGUUGCGUGGCACCUGUCAUGAGCAGCAAGCUUCCAUGCGUAAGUGGUACACGUAUCCUCUUACAGUACGUUAAGUCCUCAUCAGUUUUCUGGAAGUGCGGUCAUGUUAUGCGUAAUCAAAUAUGAUAAGAGUCAUGUUUGGAAAUUCCCAUAAAACUAUUUUUAAACAUUACACGUUUUUCAAGAAUGUGUAUGGAGCA